AUGAGGCCAAACAGGGCAGCGAAGCGAGCUCGCACAGAAUCUACAAAGAAAGAGAUGGAAAUUGGGUAUUCCUUUGAGAAGAGAGGGUUUCCGAGUUCUACGGCUCAGGGAAGACAUGCUUUCAAAUGGCUAUUGAGCGGCAUUGGAGUCAGAGAUUUCUUCGCCCAAUACUUUGAAAAGAAGCCUGCCAUUCUCCACAACGACGAAAAGAAAUUCCGAGAGCUUAUCUCUGUCGACAAGGUUCGCGAGUUUGUAAUCUCUGGCAAGAAGUUACGCAAGGGAACGGACUUAGACGUAACAAAAUAUAGCGUUAGCGAAGGUCGAACCACGCUGAAUGACCCUGCUGGUUCGUACACUUCAAAAGCGACAUGGGAUCAAGUGACCGAAGGGGGAUGUUCGCUGCGCCUACUACGGCCUCAAGAACACUUUGAUGCAAUUUGGCAUCUGUGCGCAUGGCUGGAGGGUUUCCUCGGAUGCGUGAUAGGUGCGAAUGCGUAUUUGACACCUUGCGCGUCGCAAGGAUUCGCACCACAUUUCGACGAUAUAGAUGCGUUUGUUUGUCAAGUGAGCGGACAAAAGAGAUGGCGCGUUUACGGGCCUCGGGACGACGGGCUGGACGUCCUGCCACGGGCGUCAUCAGUGGAUUUUACUGAAGAAGAAAUGCGGGACGUUGAGGUCUUGUUUGACCAGGUGCUUCAACCAGGAGACAUGCUGUACCUUCCGCGAGGCACAAUUCAUCAAGCCGAGUGUCCCGAAAGGACUGGAAGCCAUGACGUGGAAGAAGCAUCACUGCAUGUGACGAUAUCCGCAUUUCAGAAAUGGACAUGGGCUGAUUUGUUGUUGGAAUCGUUUCAAGUUGCGGUGCAAUCGGCAGCAGCACAGGAUAAGUCACUGAGGAGGACACUACCUCAGGGAUUUGGCGAAUUCAUCGGUGUGAGUAGAAGCGAAGGAGACGAGAAGCUGCGUGAAUGGUUUGAAACGACGAUGCGACAGAUGGUGCGGCGGGUGGGAAAGCACUAUCCAACGGACACGGCUGGUGACAUGAUGAUGACGCGGUUCAUGCGGGAGCGGUUACCACCGGUGGGGAAAAGCAAAAAGCGAAAGCGAGAGGCGGGGUCAGCGUCGCUGGUGAGGGCUGUCGGUGCAGGUGUAGCUCGAGUGGUGAUGGAUUGUACUGUGGGGGGGGACGAGCUACCGCAUUUGAUUCACUGCGUUGGCAAUACAAGAAGGGCAGACCUAGGGAGUGGGGAAGGGUUGUCUUGCUUGCCAGAAGAGGCUUUUGCGAUUAGUUUUGUACUUGACAAGUACCCUGAGGCGGUGCGGGUAAGCGAGUUGCCACUAGGCGAUGUAGAUGAUCAAGUGGACUUGGUGCGCGGGCUGGUUGAUAUGGGGAUUGUAGAGGUCUUGCAAUAA